AUGAUCAUCCGCGCCAAUGGAGAGAUUGAGUCCGAGGAGGAUCCAGAACCGGAGAAACCAAAGGAUGAAGAAGAACCUGAGGAGUAUGAGGCUGUGCCUGUCCAAGGCAAACUCCUGGUAGCAAGGCGUGUCUUGAGUACUCAAGUCAAGACUGACAAGGAUGAGCAGCGCGAGAACCUCUUUCACACUCGAUGCUUAGUCAAGAUAAGGCGUGUGAUCCAUGAUGGAUUCACAAACCGCUACACUCUUCUUCAUGAGGGCCGUAAAACCACUUUGAUUCCUUUGAGUCCACAAGAAGUUUAUGAAGAUCAGUUACAACUCGCUGGAAAGGAAGUUAAGUCACCUAAGUCUCCUAAGCCAAAGAACUUCCUGGUGAAGCCAAAACAGAUUGAUUUUGUCCCCGGCUCCACUUUACCAAACAGGCCAGCUUACAGAACCAAUCCGGUUGAGACCAAGGAGCUUCAGCGCCAAGUGGAUGAACUCAUGGAGAAAGGCCACAUUAGAGAGAGCAUGAGUCCCUGUGCUGUUCCCUGUUCUUCUUGUUCCUAA